GACGAUCCUCAUUUCGUCGUUCAUGGCGACGGCGUUCCCGCGUUUUUCCUCGAACUGAAAAAAAUCACACCCGCCAUUUCUGUUCGGUUCGCUCGCCGACUCCGUUUCGGCAUCUGCUUCUGUUUCAAGUCCUCGUCCACCUCAAUUUCCAUUGUCUGCAGGAAGCAGUCUAAUCAGAAUGAGCAGCUCCCGGGAACAGUCUCCGGAUUGGCUCCGUUCUUUCCAGGUGCCAGCACAUUCAGCACUGACAGUAUCCUCGGAUCCAGAGCAUUUUCCAAGUGAUAGUUCUUCGGAAAAUGAUACGGUUGAUAGCGACAAAUUACCUAUAGGCGAAUUUUUGCAACUUUCAAAUAAACAAACAACUCAAGAUAUAGCUGUUGAUGAGGGUGCUGUGGAAUCUUCAAAGAAGAUCUCAAAUGCUAAAUCUUCUACGAAAAGACCUGGUAAAGGUGACCCGCCUUCCAAAAGGAGCCCCAAAAUCCAAAAAAGAAAAGAAGGGGAUAAGGCAGUUGGCAAAGCUACUUUGCAAGAAUCCGCUGAUAAGCAGGCGAGGUAUUCUUCCAUUUAUGCAAUUUCAUCGGAUUCUGAGUCAUGUCCCGAGGAUGAAGACGUUACUUACCAGGGAGAAACGUCACAAAGCAAAGUGUCUCAAUCCCAAGCGAAGGUGAAGGGAGAAGGAUGUUUUCCUGAUACUACUGGGGAUUCUCCACCUAAGAAGACUUAUAGAAGAAAAAUGUUGAAAGAAGUUGCAAAGUCUGAAGAUAUAGAGGAGAAAACAGAUAUUUUGGAAAGGAAAGUAAGUGGAGACGAGGUGGACAUUGCUGACGAUGAAAUGGAGAACCCUCAAAAGCCUCAUGUGUCUUCCUCAAGGUUGCCUUUGGUGCUGUCCGAGAAAGUCCAACGUACGAAGGCCCUCAUUGAGUGUGAAGGGGAUUCAAUAGAUUUGAGUGGCGACAUGGGUGCCGUGGGACGAUUAGUAAUUUCUGAUACACCAUCAGGAAAUCACGAAAUGUACUUGGAUCUGAAAGGAACCAUAUACAAAACGACCAUAAAUCCCUGCCGGACAUUUUGUGUUGUUAGCUUUGGACAGUCGGAAGCUAAGAUAGAAGCUAUCAUGAGUGACUUUAUUCAGCUGAACCCCCAGUCUGACUUCAAUGAAGCUGAAACUGUGGUCGAAGGAACACUGGAAGGAUUCUUGCUUGAUUUGGAUGAUGAGGCUGAUGGGAUGCCAAAACCUAUUUCCAAUCAGAAUGUGGAAGAUGAUGGCACUAGUGAAAAGCCUAAUGGAAAGACCAAAAGAAAAGCUAAUAAAACAUCUGUUUUGCCACAGAAGAGAGGCAGAAAAGGAGGGAGCAAGAAGGCGGAAGCUCCAGUUAAAGUUAGUAAGAAGAACACUCGAAUUUCCAAGAAAGCCACCACGAAGAAAUGAAGAACAAUCACUUCCAAGGCACUCCUUGUACAUGCCGAGAAAAGAUGAGCAUAAUCCACUGGAAAGUAGUUAUCGCAGUGUGGGUGACUCAUAAUAAGUUGCAUUUCAUUAAUUUUUCGGUAUGAACCUUGGUAUUUGGAAGCCUAAAUGAGCCCCAACUAAUUCAGUUGAGCUGGGUCGGCCUACCAAGGGAUAAAGCUGCAUUUCACUAAUUUGAUUAAUGCAGAUCGUAGUUAGCAUGCAGAAGCAUGAGCCUUGGUGCUUAAGUAGUAGCAUUUGUUGUUUCUUUCUCAUUAAAUUUAGGGCUGUCUUCUUUCAUUCGCCUGAUUCGGUGAGAUCCAUAAAGCAGCUAACAGGAUAAUUAGAGUAAAAAAAAGGUGCAAUAAAUUCACAGAUAUUCAUAGUUGAAAGAUUUUUUCCUCAUCUUUUUCUCUUUCCCUGCCUUGAUAUGAUUUGUAGCUUUAUAUGGAUCAAGGGAGGAGAACUUGUAUUGACCUCAGGUGCCUUGUAUAAGCUGUUUCAAUCUAUUUCACUGUGUUCUUCCGGUACAAUAUAUUGUCGGAUAACUUAUUGCGCAAUGUACCAUGUAUUGCUACUGAA